AUGUCUGGUUUUGAGGGUAGUUCUUUGCAAAAUCCAAGUGAUCAUGAGAUCAGGAAAUUUGAGAUUACUGGCCGGGAAAUUGUGCCUUAUGUCCCCCAAAAAUUUGAUAAACCACAAUCAGUAAAAGCGAGCUCCCCAGUAGUUGAGGGUGGUAGAGCAUCAAGUAGUACAAGUAGUGCUAAAAAUGAAGUCGUAGAAGCUGUCCCUUUAUCCUAUAGAUUGCCUGAAGAUUGUGAUGUGCAAAGUGCUGAGAUGAGACUCGACACGUACUAUCAUCAUGUCGAAUCAAAUACGUCGCUUCGAUCGGUUGUGGAGGUUGUCAACUUUUUGCUCUAUGAGGAAAAUCCGUACAAACAAAAGAGGACGCAAAACAAGAGUAAUACUUCGGUUGAGGGAGGUGAUCACGAGCGUAAGAGAACGAGGUCGGGGACGACGAUGAAGAAACCACCGGCACAUCCGAAUUCACAGAGCUCCGACAGCGAGCCAAAAGAGACUUGUAGUACACCACCUACUACUAACAUUACUGUCUCAUCAUCACGCAGUGACCGUAUUGUUAGGGAAAGGGAAAUCCACAAGAACAUAUUGUUGGAACAAUUCUUAGCCGACGCACACAACAACUUCCUCAAUUCCCAUAGUACUAAUUUUGCGCCGCGAAGCUCGGAUACUCGAGAUGAAAAUGAUGCAAAAGAGGAGGGUGUGCAUUUCGGCACAGACUCUGAAGCGACGGAGGAAAGUGAUAUGGAAGAGCUUUUGAGAAAGGCCUACAAUAACCGUGAGUUCUCCAAGAAGAAGAAGAAGAAUGUGACUACACAAGGAAUCAAUAAGAGGAAGAGAAGCGAAAAUUCAAAUCAUGAAGAAGAUAGAAGUAACAUCGAUUCUGAAGAAACUUAUUCGGAGCUCUCCACCAAGGCGGAUGAGGAGACUAUUGAUAACACUUGUUCAGGAGCUAGGAUCGCAUGUCUUGGCUGUAUGGAGCGCUUCAUGGCUGCGAAAUCUAGAGAGAAACAUAGAAGAAAUGGAGGAGGGAGAGAGAGAUAUGAGAAUUUGAGAGGAUUUUGCUUAGAGUUCAAAUUGAUGUUCGGCAAAGAAUAA